AAAUACAUACGUCACCGGAAGCGUGACUGCCUGCAAGACUAAUGUUUACAAACGGAUUUGUUGACUUUGUGGACUAGAUGAGCAAAUGGAAAAUGUGACUGAUAAACCGGGUGUUAAUUAAUAUUCAACUUUAAUAACGCCAUUUUCAUACAGCUUUUCUUGUUUUAAAUGUUACUUUAAACUUAACAAAUGAACUUCACGUAACAUUUCUUACGUUAUAUUUUAUUUUAAUACUAUUGUUUCUUUUUAUGUUGAAUCAAUGUUGUAUUUUCAAUUUUCUGUUAUUUUACAAAUCAUUUUGCUUCACAAAGUAGUAUCUUAUUCAACAGACGAAAAUAAAUAUUCAGAUGAAUCUCUAACUCCAUAUUUGAAAAAACAUGGAUCACAGUUAAAUCAUCGAGUCAUUCGAGAAUGUCAUGAGCAGAAAUAUGGGAGUGCUCCCCACAUUCUUCAUUUUGCUGAAACAUCCCUUGACACAACUGUUCCAUUUGUGAAAGUUAAAAGGUUUGUAAAAACAUUAAAGAGCUCUUACAGGUCCAGGACAAUAAGGGGUCAUUUUAUUAAAAUAACAAACCCAUUGGAAACUUUGUCAGUAUUGGAGCCAGAUCAGCCUGGUGGUUGUGCAUUAAAUAUACGUCAAACGGUAGCAGAAACUGCAAGGAAAAACAAGUGCUUUGUUGCUAUUAAUGCUGGUUAUUUUGAUACCAAAGAAGGUAAAUGCUUAGGAAAUAUUGUUAGUGAUGGUCGUAAGGCUCACGAUUCCAAUGGCAUCCAGAAUGCUCACUUUGGGUUAACAGAUGAUGGGCAAAUUUUUACUGGAUACCUGUCACAAGAGUUGUAUCAUUCUGGAACUUUCAAACAACUUGUUGGAGGUGUAGUUUGGAUUCUCCGAAAUGGAACCGGAUUUGUAAAUGCAAGCAAAUCUUUGGAAUGUGAAGAUACUGAAGAGACAGGUCCUAUGGAAAAUUUUGUUAGCAUAUUUUCUGCUAGAACAGCUGUUGGGCACGAUAAAGAUGGAAAUGUUGUAUUUCUUCAAAUUGAUGGGAAAUCCAACGUAGAUGGGGUAAAUUUAUAUAACAUGGAAGUACUUCUGAAAGAGUUUGGGGUAGUAAAUGCCAUAAAUUUAGAUGGAGGAGGUUCCUCAACUCUUGUUAUAAAUGGUACUACAGCAAACUACCCAUAUGAUGAAUGGUAUUCCUUAUUAUAACUCUUUUGUAAGAUU